AUGGAGGCUGGUAUAGAACCUGAAGAUAUAGGUCAGGACCCAGAGUAUGCAGGUCGUCUGGAGUAUCAUGGGGAUAAGAAGAAUGACCAGACCCUGAGAAUCACAGACCUGAGAGAGAGAGACUCAGCUACUGAUAAAGGGAUUUACAGUGAUAUUGUUUUUUCUCCAGGUCUUCAGGUGAAGGUGACUGGUGGACAUCAGGGUAAGACACUGACCUGUAUCACCACCUGUACUCUGACUGACAACCCCACCUACAUCUGGUACAAGAACGGACACAAAGUAAAGGAGGACACUUCCAGCCUGGACUCAGACUCCUUUAGUGAUGCAGACAGUUACUCCUGUGCUGUAAAAGGCCACGAGGAUCUCCUCUCUCCUGCAGUGUAUGGACCAAGGAACACCUCAGUGUCAGUCAGUCCCUCUGGUGAAAUAGUGGAGGGCAGUUCAGUGACUCUGACCUGCAGCAGUGAUGCCAACCCUCCUGUGGACAAAUACACCUGGUACAAGAAGAACGUAACCUCACCAAAAGCAUCAGGACAGAGUUACAGCAUCACUAACAUCAUCUCUGAGGACAGAGGAGAAUAUUACUGUGAGGCUGAGAAUAAAUAUGGACGUCUCAACUCUUCUUCUGUGUCUGUGGACGUUCAGUAUGGCCCAAAGAACACCUCAGUGUCAGUCAGUUCCUCUGGUGAAAUAGUGGAGGGCAGUUCAGUGACUCUGACCUGCAGCAGUGAUGCCAACCCACCUGUGGACAAAUACACCUGGUACUUUCAAAAUGAGACUUUUCUAAAUGGAUGUGGACAGAUGUACAACAUCAGUAACUUCAAGUCUAAGGACAGUGGACAUUACCACUGUGAGGCCUGGAAUAGAAGAGGAUCUAGGAACUCUACAGCUCUGAUGAUCAUUAUACCAGUUCUGACUGCAGCUGUAGGAAUCACAGUGGUUGUUCUGGUUCUCCUCCUCUGUCUCUCUGGCUUCAUGUGCUUCAGGAAGAGGGCCUCCAAUUCCCACUCUGACACAAGAGACACAGCAGACGAUGGACAGGGAGACUCUAGUCCAGUGUAUGACAACAUCUCAAGCAUGGCCAUGAACUCUACUGCAGCACAGACAGCAGCCACAGAUGACCAGGAUGGUGUUCACUACGCCAGCGUCCACUUUUCUCGCUCCAGAUCCCAGGAAGUGCCUCGGUACUCCACCGUCCAGCUGCCUCAACCACAGAAACAGGACCAAGAUGUCCAAUACGCUGCUGUGAAAUUCAACCUCCCCAGUGCUGCCACCCAACCCGUGGCGGCACAAGCAGCUGAGAAGGACCCCUCUGAGAUCUACAGUAGAAUCAACAAACCCAGAACCAAGAAGACCUGAACACAACAAACCCAGAACCAAGAAGACCUGAACACAACAAACCCAGAACCAAGAAGACCUGAACACAACAAACCCAGAACCAAGAAGACCUGAACACAAUAAACCCAGAACCAAGAAGACCUGAACACAACAAACCCAGAACCAAGAAGACCUGAACUCAACAAACCAAGAAGACAUGAACAUAAUAUACCCAGAACCAAGAAGACCUAAACACAACAAACCCAGAACCAAGAAGACCUGAACUUAACAAACCAAGAAG